UUUCCGUCUGGUUCACGUGGUUUACUUUAUCGCGUUUAAACAGGGGCUCUUAAGAACGCGACAGCAGCGAAAUUUGUCAAACGGUAUUCGUCGCCGCCAUGGACUACAACAAGCUGAAGGAACAGUACCAAAGCGAGUUCGACCCUGCUGACUAUCCCGAAAUGGUGAAAACCCUCGACUUUCUCUACCUCUUCUACCAGUGCCAGCUGCAUGAAAUCGUCAGUAGCGGCGCCCUGAAGGACGGAGGGACGUUCUUGGAUUUCGGCUGUGGUCCGACGCCAUUCAGCGUGUACACGGUUGCCAAGAAGUUUCACGAGGUUGCCAUGUGCGAAUUUCUGGAGCAGAACCGGCGCGCGCUCCAAAAAUGGGUAGACAAAGAUGCUGAUGCCCUCGAUUGGUCGUUCCUUGCAGAGUCUCAAGCGAAGCUUGAGGGCUACAGUGACAUCAAGGCUGGAGCUUCUGAAGUGGAAGACCGCACACGGAAAGCUAUUAAGCACAUCAUCCCAUGCGACGCAUUUGACAUGAGCGCUAUGCCCGAAGAACACAGAGUGCCGUAUGACGUCUUAUUUACUUGUCUUUGCUUCGAAUCAGCGGCGGUUGACUUGGACGGUUACAACAAGGUCGUUUCCAAUGUCGCUGAGUUGAUCAAACCAGGAGGUGACAUAGUUCAGUGUGGAGUCCUUGGUUGUAAUGGUUACACUGUCGGGAAAACAGUGUUCGAUGCUAUGCGUCUGACAGAGGAUAUUGUGAAAACUGCCCUCAAAACCGUUGGAUUCGAAAUCAAUCGUUGGCAGGUCGACGAACCGAGAACUGUGCAAGGUUAUGAUUACAAGUACGAGGGCGCUUUUGUAGUUAUGGCUACGAAGGCAUAGUCUAUUUGGUAUCUUUUUUAUUGAAGUUUGGUAUAUAGCUGCUAUGAUGUGCUUGAUGUAACACAAUAUAAGUAAACCGCUUAUGUCUCCUU